UGGAACCAAAAGAUGUGUGGGCAAUGUCCCGACUGGAAGUUGGAUCAGGAUCAUGAUCCUAUUAUCCGCAAUCCCGCACAUAAACUGAUGACAACGGCGGAAUGUAUGCGGUUGAAAAGAGAUCUACGGGUUUCCUUUUUCACCCAUAAUGGCGGAUCCAAUAUCUGGACAUUCAUAAUGCUCGUCUUCUUUAUUUUAAUCUGCAUGGCACUGACAUUUUGGCUAUUAACAAAGGCAUUUGUCUUUUCACAGCCACAGCGAGAUGAUACCGAAGAAAACAAUAGUCAAGAUAGACAAUUGGGCGGACGAUCUUCAGUAGAUGAAAUAAUGCAACAAUUGCGAGAGAAGUGCACGGCGUCCACACAGAACGUAGAAAAUAAGGCCAUUGACAUUGAUGAUCUUUAUGUGCCGCCAAAAUUUUGGGAUAGAUUUCCGAUGAAUGAGUUCUUACAGAAACCAAAUAGAACUAAGCAAAAGUCAAAGAAAGAAGAAGAAGUUGAGACUGAGGAAGAUUCAAAAGCAGCUCAGAAUAUGGAAGUAGAUUCUGAGACAUCGAAUGAAACAAGUGAUGUUGAGUCAACCGAAACCUCGUUUACAGAAGUACUAAAUGAAAGUCAAGAUAUGAGUGAGGUCUCAUCCACAUCGGAGGAAACAACUCGUUCUAGCGGCGGGGAAUCUGAACAAUCUACAGACGGUGAGGACUCAACCUCUAUGGUCAUAGAUAAUCAACAGAAUAUCCACGAUUCUCUUGGCCAGAUGCCGACAUAUUAUAAUCACACGACGGCAAAUCCAACGCCCGACCAAAGUCGUCGUAAAAUACGCUGGGCGAAUUGGCUAAAACGCAGUAAGCCAGUCGAUUUCCAGACUUACAAUGCAUCCAAGUUGUGAGCAAGACAUCGCAAGCACCGAGUGCCAAAAGUGGAUGAGUGAGGUGUUAGCGCAUUGUAAUCGCCUCUUGGCAGAUAAACAACUCGAGUUCUGGGACGCCUGGUGGCUAAACAAGCUUCCCGUGGCAUAUUACCAUCUACCACACUUGAUGUCCACAUACGAUUGCCAAAAACUUAAAAAAGAUAUUACACACCAGCUAUCUGCUGCAUCCUUAAACACGGGAGCUACCCAAAUGGAGGAGGACCGACUCGAGCCAGCAUGGCAAACGGCAUUGAUACUGAUAGUGGCGUGCCUGGCCCUCAUUAUAAUUGUGUCUAUGGUAUGGCUGUUGAAUAGUACACUGAGACGCAUUGCAGUGCCCCGUUUCAAGGACUACGAGUACCAAGGAUCCUGUAGAAAAAAGUGCCAUGGUGCCUCGCCCAGAUCAUUCAUUUCAUUUGGCAAGCCAUUCCGUCCCCUGACACGUUAUGGCCCCUACAGAAGUAGAAGUAUCGUGGUGCCGCGUGACACCUGCAGCGCAUUUAAGCGAUAACUCGACUCAUCCUUCAACAAUCUCCAGUGCUCCCUUGACCAUUGACCGGUGCACACAUCACAGAAGCGCAAACCAAACGUGCGACUAAAAUAAAGUUAAAGUGUAUGCUGAAAAUGGAAACACAAACCAGAAUCCAAACUCAAUUCAGAAACAACUGCCAAAAAUAACAAAAAAUAGCAAAAAAUAACAAAAAAAAGGACCCUGUCGCGGUUGUGCUCAAUCGUAGAGAAGAUUUAUGAAAUGUGUUCCGCCCCGAUUUUUCUUUAUUUCUGGGGGCCAACACACACAAACACAUAAAUAUCAUCCCCUGACAAGUACGAUGGCAUUGAGUUUCGAGUUUUCCUUUCAUAUAUUUUUUAAUAAAGUUUGCGAAAAAUUCAAAA